AUGCAGUAUAUUCAUAUAAAUAAGUGGUCCACGGGACACCCUAAUGUAUAUGUACAUAAAUUAUUUUAUAUGAUAAUAAACCCUUGAAAUAUUAUAUGUGUCUGAAAGUUAACUGAUUUACAUGAGAAUAUGUGCUAAUUACUCUAAUUUAAAAAAAAAUAUAUAUAUAUAUGUAAAUUAAUUGCAAAGUCUAUUUUAUAAUUACUAAUUAAACAAUGUGUAACAAAGUGAAAUUAAUAAAUUUGUGUGUUAAAGAACAUAAAAUACAACAAUAACAAAACAUGAGACGUCAUCCAGUUACCUGAUCCUCUACAAUUAAUUUAAUUCAAAAAUAAUCUACAAUACUACAAAAUUAUAUUCACACAUACAUACACAUUAAAUACAUACUUAGAUACUACAAUAACAAUAAAAACCCACACAAUUAUUUGUUUACACACACAAACAUAUGUAUAUGUAUGUAUGUAAUUUUUGAAAUAAAAACACAGAAAAGAGCUAAACAUAUUUAUAUGAUAUACGCAUUAUUGUCCAAAUGACAAAUCAUAUGGGGCUACGAAGACAUGCCAGAAAAACGAUCUGUCUAUAUAAUACUCAGCAAUUUAUUGCUUCACACACUAAAUGUUAUGGCCAUCACAAAUAAUUUGCUUCGUGGUGAAAUUACAGAUAUUGAAACAGAUAUUGGAUUGAACGAAAGUAAAGAUGAACUACAACUAAAACUGAGUUGGAAGGAUAAUUUGCCGAAUGAUACUUCCUAUAAUGUCAUCGUCACUGCUGUAAACAGUACUGAAUGUUAUGAAAUGCCUUGCAGUUUAUAUGGAAUUCAAAAGCCAAAAGACUUUAUUUUAAUACCUGAAAAUCCAAUUAGUUACUUAGAUGUUGUGGAGUGUAGAUACAUGUUCGGAUGCAAUUAUACAUUGGUGGUGGAAAAUUCCAACGCAGUUAUAUCUAAACGAAAACUAUUAACAAUUCCAUAUUGUGUAUCAGGUGUGUGCUCGUGUCAACAUCAGAGUACGCUGCCAAAAGUAAAUACGGUGGGAUUGAUAUUUAACAAUCACACCAUUCAUUUGAAGUGGUCCCUCCCAAGUGACGAUGAAAUAUUUAAGAAUAUUCAACUUAAAAAGAUAUCAAUCAUCAUUAACGAACAAACUAAUCCAUCAUUAUCAUGGGGAGGUAAAAAUUUACCAAUUUUGGAAAAAAUUUAUCCAUUAACAAAUUACAUAUCGAAUGCAUCUUCAUCAUCGUCCAAUCGAAUACAACAGGGUAUGUUUAAAAUCGAAAUUAAGCGAGAUUUAACACCUGGAACGGUUUUAAAUAUACACUCGAAUGUUAUUGAUGAGUUAGAGUGUCUGGGACCGUCGAAUGUAAUAAAAUUGAAAGUGCCAUCAAAUGCAUUAAAUUUAUUAACAAAUGAUGAUCAUAAUGUUGAUAAUAAAAAUUCCAUUGAUGGCAAUGUGAGAUUGGCGUUAAUUGUGGUCUCUGCAUCCUUUAUUACGGCAAUAAUUGCCUAUUAUGUUUGGAUUAAACACAAAUCAAAACAAACCAAUGAGGUGGAAAUUAAUGCAGAAUUUUUACCAACAGGAAUCCCAAUGGAAAACAAUAUUAAUUACGUUCCAUAUAUUGAGUUUCAGAUGGUGCAAAGAAAUAAUCAAUUUGAAAUAGCUCCCGGUGAUAUACAUAUCGAAGCCGAAAUCGGUGAAGGAGCCUUUGGUCGCGUUUUCAGAGCUACAGCUAUAAAUUUAGCACACGUACAGAGAGGCGAACUGAUUGCUGUUAAACAACUUAAGAAAAUGUCAACUCAAGAAGAGGAAAGUGAAUUUUUAAAAGAAAUAGAAAUGCUACAAAAUGUUGGAAUGCACAGCAACAUAGUUAGAUUUUUAGGAUGCUGUACACUUGAGAGGCCAUAUUUUAUGGUAAUGGAAUACGUUGGUCGAGGCGAUUUGUUAUCAUAUCUACGUAAAGUACGUGAAGAAAGUACAAGGCUUAUCAAACAAAAUGCCAAUUAUAAGAAUUUAGGAUCUUCUGUACGAAUUCCUGGACAAAAUGAAGUUAAAUUAAAGUAUUUGGAACUAAAAAUGUCCUCUACACAGUCCGUUGACAGUGAAAAUGAAUCAAUGACGCGUGUUCCCAUACCAUCAUUUGCUGAAACCACAUAUACGGUUAUCAACGAUGAAGAUGAUGCAGACGCGAAACUUUUUGAAUAUCGAUUAGAUAAUAAAGAACUUUACGAUUUCGCUCUACAAAUUGCAAAUGGCAUGAGAUUUUUAGAGGAACAAAAAAUUACUCACCGCGAUUUGGCUGCACGUAAUGUACUAAUCGACGAUAGAAAGACGUUAAAAAUUUCCGACUUUGGUUUAUCCCGCCAUGACGUUUACGUUAAUACCAAAGUUAGAAAGUUGCCACUGAGAUGGCUUUCAAUCGAAGCAAUACUUGACAAUAUUUAUACAAAUAAAAGCGAUGUCUGGGCUUAUGGUGUAGUUUUGUGGGAAAUCGGGACAUUAGGAGCAUCUCCAUAUCCCACAUUAAGUAAUCAUGAGCUAGUAAAGUUUCUAAAAAUGGGCGGACGUUUGGAAAAACCCGACAUUUGUACUGAACAAAUCUACGAACUGAUGUUGAAAUGUUGGAGUGAAUUUUGUGACGAAAGACCAUCGUUUGAAGAGAUUUACACAAUUUUAAGUUCCAGCAGUGCUUACAUUGAUAUUAGUACCUUAAGUGAUGACUACGUAUUUCCACCCAUUAAAGAUAAUGAUUAGUUCCAUAUAAUAUUCCUAAUUUCUAAGCGCUACAAUUAAUUAAAAUAAGAAAACAAAAUAAUCGUACAAAUCUUCACUUUUAUAAAGUGUUUCAUAGACAUACAAAAUUACAUAAACAGUACAUAUAGUAUAUAAUAAAUAUGCAUAAUGUUAAAUUUAUAGUUUUACUCAUUCCUUAACUUAACGUAAUAUUAAGGAAAACGUGCAUGCGUAUAUGUAUUAUUUAUAAGUAAAA